AUGACGAAAACCAAUGUGGAAAAAGAGAUGGAAAAUGCUGCUUCUUCUUCCUCAGCAGAUUAUGGAGUUAGCUUCCCAGAUGAUUUAACCAUCGAAAUACUUGUACGAUUGCCUAUAAAAUCACUUCUCCGAUUCAAAUCAGUCUGCAAAAAUUGGUAUUCUCUAUUCAAAAACCCAUCCUUUACCAAAUCCCAAUUUCAGUUUUCGACAAAACUCUAUCUAUCAUCAUCCCAUCUGGUUAUUCGAUCAGAUGAUACUCUGUUCUCCCUUCAUCUAGAUCUUAAUCUUAAUUAUAUCCAUGACAAAAAUACAAAAGAAAUCAAACGUAAAUUCGUACCAAUGCCUACUGAAUUCUUCAACACCUCGGUAAAAAACCCUUUUCAAUGCCUCGGAUCGUGUAAUGGGAUUCUAUGCAUUCAGGUCUCUGGCACAAAAUCUAUUUAUUUAUGGAAUCCCACCAUUAACGAAUAUCGGGUAAUCCCAUUACCUCUUUCUUACUUUUCCGGUGGGCAUCUUUGCUUAUCUGGGUUUGGCUACGCUGCCGCGAUCAACGACUACAAAAUCGUGCUGGUAGAUGAACAUAAAUCUAAGUUAAAAAAGGGAAAGUUUGUUUAUGUAUACUCAUCGCGGUGUAACAAGUGGAAGGAAUUUGAUUUUCCGAGUAUUUUGAAUCUAACUGAUAUAUAUUGCGGGUAUAGAUGUAGAGAUAGAGAUAUGGAGGCAGUUUUAUUGAAUGAUUCAUUACAUUGGGUUACGGAUCCUUAUGAGUAUGAACCUUAUAUUUUAAAAUUCGACAUGGUCAAUGAAACUCUCGAUUUGAAGAAGAUCCGGGAAAUGGAACGAUAUAGGAAACAAUCAUAAAAUGCUAAAAGUUAGUAGUUUUUUUUGGUUCUACUACGAGGAGUUCCCACCGCCUUCGGCGAGUGGACUAAUCUCCCGCGGG